GCCCUCCCACCCUAGCGGGCUCUGCAGACCCAGCCGGCAGGGCUGACCACUUGUGCCUGGGAAGUCAGCUUCCUUUCCGUCCUCAGGCCCCUGGCAUGCUGGUGCCUUGCACGGCCAAGGACUCGCAGCUGUCCCAGUUGCCAGACUUUCUGACUUGCGUUUUCAGCCGAGGAUGCAGGCUGAUAAAUUCAGGACAAGUAGUAGAAAUGUCAAAAAGGAGCUGGUGAUCGAGUCCCCCCUGCAGUGCAAGGAUGCAGCCCAGGGAGAAGUGGAAGCAGAGAGCCCAGGGCCAGUGCUGGCCAAACCAAAGCUGAUUGAGCCACUCGACUAUGAAAAUGUCAUUGUCCAGAAGAAGACACAGAUCCUGAACGACUGUUUAAGGGAGAUGCUGCUCUUCCCUUAUGAUGACUUUCAGACGGCCAUCCUGAGACGACAGGGGCGGUACGUGUGCUCCACCAUCCCUGCCAACGCACAGCAGGAAGCUCAGAGCUUAUUUGUUACAGAGUGCAUCAAAACCUAUAACUCUGACUGGCAUCUUGUGAGCUACAAAUAUGAAGAUUACUCAGGAGAGUUUCGACACCUUCCAAACAAAGUGGCCAAGUUGGAUAAACUUCCAGUUCAUGUCUAUGAAGUUGAUGAGGAGGUGGACAAAGAUGAGGAUGCUGCUUCCCUCGGCUCUCAGAAGGGUGGGAUCACCAAGCACGGAUGGCUGUACAAAGGCAACAUGAACAGUGCAAUAAGCGUGACCAUGAGGUCGUUUAAAAGACGAUUUUUCCACUUGAUUCAACUUGGUGAUGGGUCCUACAAUUUGAAUUUUUAUAAAGAUGAAAAGAUCUCCAAGGAACCAAAAGGAUCAAUAUUUCUGGAUUCCUGUAUGGGUGUGGUUCAGAACAACAAAGUCAGGCGUUUUGCUUUUGAGCUCAAGAUGCAGGACAAAAGUAGUUACCUUUUGGCAGCAGACAGUGAAGUGGAAAUGGAAGAGUGGAUCACAACUCUGAACAAGAUUCUCCAGCUCAACUUUGAAGCUGCAAUGCAAGAAAAGCGAAACGGAGACUCUCAUGAAGAUGAUGAACAAAGCAAAAUAGAAGGUUCCGUUUCCGGUUUAGAUAGCUACCUGCCUGAACUUGCCAAGAGUACCAGAGAAGCAGAAAUCAAACUGAAAAGUGAAAGCAGAGUUAAACUUUUUUACUUGGACCCAGAUGCUCAGAAGCUUGACUUCUCAUCAGCUGAGCCAGAAGUGAAGCCAUUUGAAGAAAAGUUUGGAAAAAGGAUUCUUGUCAAGUGCAAUGAUUUAUCUUUCAAUUUGCAAUGCUGUGUUGCUGAAAAUGAAGAAGGACCCACUACAAAUGUCGAGCCUUUCUUUGUUACUCUAUCCCUGUUUGACAUAAAAUACAACCGAAAGAUUUCUGCCGAUUUCCACGUGGACCUGAACCAUUUCUCAGUGAGGCAGAUGCUGGCCACCACAUCCCCGUCUCUGAUGAACGGCGGUAGGCAGAGCUCGCCUGCCCUGCAGGACAUCCUUCACGAAGCCGCCAUGCAGUAUCCGAAGCAGGGAAUAUUUUCAGUCACGUGCCCUCAUCCUGAUAUAUUUCUUGUGGCUAGAAUUGAAAAAGUGCUUCAGGGGAGCAUCACACAUGGUGCUGAGCCAUACAUGAAAAGUUCAGACUCUUCUAAGGUUGCUCAGAAGGUGCUGAAGAAUGCCAAGCAGGCAUGCCAAAGACUAGGGCAGUACAGAAUGCCAUUUGCUUGGGCAGCAAGGACGUUGUUUAAGGAUGCAUCUGGAAACCUUGACAAAAAUGCCAGAUUUUCUGCUCUCUACAAGCAAGACAGCAAUAAGCUAUCCAAUGAAGACAUGCUCAAGUUACUUGCAGACUUUCGGAAACCUGAGAAGAUGGCUAAACUCCCCGUGAUUCUGGGCAAUCUAGACAUUACAAUUGAUAGUGUUUCCUCAGACUUUCCUAAUUAUGUCAAUUCAUCAUACAUUCCUACGAAGCAAUUUGAAACCUGUACUAAAAUGCCAAUCACGUUUGAGGUAGAGGAAUUUGUGCCCUGCAUACCAAAACACACUCAGCCAUACACCAUCUACAACCACCACCUUUAUGUUUAUCCUAAGUCCUUGAAAUAUGACAGUCAAAAGUCUUUUGCCAAGGCCAGAAAUAUUGCUAUUUGCAUUGAAUUCAAAGAUUCAGAUGAGGAAGACUCUCAGCCUCUGAAGUGCAUUUAUGGCAGACCUGGUGGGCCAGUAUUCACAAGAAGCGCCUUUGCUGCAGUUCUACAUCAUCACCAAAACCCAGAAUUUUAUGAUGAGAUUAAAAUAGAAUUGCCCACCCAGCUACAUGAAAAGCACCACUUGCUGUUCACAUUCUCCCAUGUCAGCUGUGAUAAUUCAAGCAAAGGAAGCACAAAGAAGAAGGAUGUUGUUGAAACACAAGUUGGAUAUUCCUGGCUUCCUCUCCUGAAAGACGGAAGGGUGGUGACUAGCGAGCAGCACAUCCCUGUCUCAGCCAAUCUCCCAUCCGGCUACCUUGGCUACCAGGAGCUUGGGAUGGGCAGGCAUUAUGGUCCAGAAAUUAAAUGGGUAGAUGGAAGCAAGCCGCUGCUGAAAGUUUCAACUCAUCUGGUUUCCACAGUGUAUACUCAGGAUCAGCACUUCCAUAAUUUUUUCCAGUACUGUCAGAAAACCGAAUCUGGAGCCCAAGCCUUAGGGAGCGAACUUGUAAAAUACCUGAAGAGCCUGCACGCGAUGGAAGGUCACGUGAUGAUCGCCUUCUUGCCCACCAUCCUAAACCAGCUAUUCCGUGUCCUCACCCGAGCAACCCAGGAGGAAGUUGCCGUCAACGUGACACGGGUCAUUAUUCAUGUGGUUGCCCAGUGCCAUGAGGAAGGAUUGGAGAGCCACUUGAGGUCAUAUGUUAAGUAUGCUUAUAAGGCUGAGCCGUAUAUUGCUUCCGAAUACAAGACGGUGCAUGAAGAGCUGACCAAAUCCAUGACCACAAUUCUCAAGCCUUCCGCCGAUUUCCUCACCAGCAACAAACUACUUAAGUAUUCAUGGUUUUUCUUUGAAGUUUUGAUCAAAUCCAUGGCUCAGCAUUUGAUAGAGAACUCCAAAGUUAAGUUAUUGCGAAACCAGAGAUUUCCUGCAUCCUAUCAUCAUGCAGUGGAAACUGUUGUGAAUAUGCUGAUGCCACACAUCACUCAGAAGUUUCGAGAUAACCCGGAGGCAUCUAAGAAUGCGAAUCAUAGCCUGGCUGUGUUCAUCAAGAGAUGUUUCACCUUCAUGGAUAGGGGCUUUGUCUUUAAGCAGAUCAACAACUACAUCAGCUGCUUUGCUCCUGGAGAUCCUAAGACCCUCUUUGAAUACAAAUUUGAAUUUCUCCGUGUGGUGUGCAAUCAUGAACAUUAUAUUCCAUUGAAUUUACCAAUGCCAUUUGGAAAAGGCAGGAUUCAAAGAUAUCAAGAUCUCCAGCUUGACUACGCAUUAACAGAUGAGUUCUGCAGAAACCACUUCUUGGUGGGACUGUUACUGAGGGAGGUGGGGACCGCCCUCCAGGAGUUCAGGGAGGUCCGUCUGAUUGCCAUCGGUGUGCUUAAGAACCUGCUGAUAAAGCAUUCUUUUGAUGACAGAUAUGCUUCCAGGAGCCAUCAAGCAAGGAUAGCCACUCUCUACCUGCCUCUGUUCGGUCUGCUGAUUGAGAAUGUCCAGCGGAUCAACGUGAGAGAUGUGUCUCCCUUCCCCGUGAACCCUGGCAGUACUGUGAAGGAGGAAUCCCUUACUUUGCCAGCCGUGAACCCGAUAGUGACACCGCAGAAGUCUGGGAGCACGCUGGAUGCCAGUCUGCACAAGGACCUCUUUGGUGCCAUCUCUGGCAUUGGUAAUGCUCGGCGGGAGAAGCUGCUCAGAAGGCACUCGGCUUGUGUCGUACGCGGAGCUGGAGAGGAGGAGAGCGGCCGGUCAGCCAGGAGACACCGGGUCACCAUGGACUUCUCGCUGCUCACGCUGCUGCCUCUGCCAGAAGAGGCCCCACAGGCGGCGCCCCUGCCCCCGCUGCAGGGAGGCCUGGGCUCUCCCAGCGGCGCUGAUGAAGUGGGCGGGCGGGAGCACCAGCAAAGUGGCACCUUGGGAAAUUCUGUCGUUCGCUGUGACAAACUUGACCAGUCUGAGAUUAAGAGCCUGCUGAUGUGUUUCCUCUACAUCUUAAAAAGCAUGUCUGAUGAUGCUUUGUUUACAUAUUGGAACAAGGCCUCAACAUCUGAACUUAUGGAUUUUUUUACAAUAUUGGAAGUCUGCUUGCACCAGUUCCAGUACAUGGGGAAGCGAUAUAUCGCCAGGUACUGUGGGAGUUUUAGUUUGAAGUGUUUUCAUGAUCGAAAAUCUCAGACAUUGCCUGUUUCCCGUAACAGAACAGGAAUGAUGCAUGCCAGAUUGCAGCAGCUGGGCAGCCUGGAUAACUCUCUCACUUUUAACCACAGCUAUGGCCACUCGGACGCAGAUGUUCUCCACCAGUCGUUACUUGAAGCCAAUAUUGCUACUGAGGUGUGCCUGACAGCUCUGGACACCCUCUCUCUAUUUACACUGGCAUUUAAGAACCAGCUCCUGGCUGACCACGGACAUAAUCCCCUCAUGAAAAAGGUUUUUGACGUCUACCUGUGUUUUCUUCAAAAACAUCAGUCUGAAACGGCUUUGAAAAAUGUCUUCACUGCCUUAAGGUCAUUAAUCUAUAAGUUUCCCUCAACGUUCUAUGAGCGGAGAGCGGACAUGUGCGCAGCCCUAUGCUAUGAGGUCCUGAAAUGCUGCAACUCCAAGCUGAGCUCCAUCAGGACUGAGGCCUCCCAGCUGCUGUACUUCCUGAUGAGGAACAACUUCGACUACACUGGCAAGAAGUCCUUUGUCCGGACGCAUCUGCAGGUCAUUAUUUCCGUCAGCCAACUGAUAGCAGACGUUGUUGGCAUUGGGGGAACCAGAUUCCAACAGUCCUUGUCUAUCAUCAACAACUGUGCCAACAGUGACAGGCUCAUCAAGCACACCACCUUCUCCUCGGACGUGAAGGACCUGACCAAAAGGAUCCGCACGGUUCUGAUGGCCACGGCCCAGAUGAAGGAGCACGAGAAUGACCCAGAGAUGCUGGUGGACCUCCAGUACAGCCUGGCCAAGUCCUACGCCAGCACCCCCGAGCUCCGGAAGACGUGGCUGGACAGCAUGGCCCGGAUCCAUGUCAAAAACGGGGACCUGUCCGAGGCAGCAAUGUGCUAUGUCCAUGUCACAGCCCUGGUGGCAGAAUAUCUCACACGGAAAGGCAUGUUUAGACAAGGAUGCACAGCUUUCAGGGUGAUCACCCCGAACAUAGAUGAGGAGGCCUCCAUGAUGGAAGACGUUGGCAUGCAGGACGUCCACUUCAACGAGGAUGUGCUCAUGGAGCUCCUGGAACAGUGUGCAGACGGACUCUGGAAGGCCGAGCGCUAUGAGCUGAUCGCCGACAUUUAUAAGCUCAUCAUACCCAUUUACGAGAAGCGGAGGGAUUUUGAGAGGCUGGCCCAUCUGUAUGACACACUGCACCGAGCCUACAGCAAGGUGACCGAGGUCAUGCACUCAGGCCGAAGGCUUCUGGGGACGUACUUCCGAGUAGCCUUCUUUGGACAGGGAUUCUUUGAAGAUGAAGAUGGAAAGGAGUAUAUCUACAAGGAACCCAAACUCACGCCUCUGUCAGAAAUUUCUCAGAGACUCCUUAAACUUUACUCAGAUAAAUUUGGUUCUGAAAACGUCAAAAUGAUACAAGAUUCUGGCAAGGUCAACCCGAAGGAUCUGGAUUCCAAGUAUGCAUAUAUCCAGGUGACUCAUGUGAUCCCGUUCUUUGAUGAGAAGGAAUUGCAGGAAAGAAAGACAGAGUUUGAAAGAUCUCACAACAUCCGCCGCUUCAUGUAUGAGAUGCCCUUCACCCAGACUGGGAAAAGGCAGGGAGGCGUCGAAGAGCAGUGCAAGCGGCGCACCAUACUGACAGCCAUACACUGCUUCCCUUACGUGAAGAAGCGGAUCCCCGUCAUGUACCAGCAUCACACGGACCUGAACCCCAUCGAGGUGGCCAUUGACGAGAUGAGUAAGAAGGUGGCCGAGCUCCGGCAGCUGUGCUCCUCGGCCGAAGUGGACAUGAUCAAACUGCAGCUCAAACUCCAGGGCAGUGUGAGCGUCCAGGUCAAUGCUGGUCCACUAGCAUAUGCCCGAGCUUUCUUAGACGACACAAACACAAAAAGAUAUCCUGACAAUAAAGUGAAGUUGCUUAAAGAAGUUUUCAGGCAGUUUGUGGAAGCUUGCGGUCAAGCCUUAGCGGUAAAUGAACGGCUGAUCAAAGAGGACCAGUUAGAGUAUCAGGAGGAGAUGAAGGCCAACUACAGGGAAAUGACAAAAGAGCUUUCUGAAAUCAUGCGUGAGCGGAUUUGCCCCCUGGAGGAGAAGCCCAGCGUUUUGCCGAAUUCCCUUCACAUCUUCAACGCCAUCAGUGGGACCCCAACAAGCACGCUGGUUCACGGCAUGACCAGCUCGUCCUCCGUGGUGUGA